AUGAAAUUUUCAAUUGCUGUUCUUACUGCUAUUGCUGCUGCUUUAGUUGCUUCUGCUCCAGUCGCUUCAAAAGAGGCUGAAGUUCCUGCUCUUCCAGUUGAUAACGUCCUUGAACGUGUCGUUGAAGCUUUCUUUAAUGGUCCUUCAAUUGAUGCUGAGAUUAAAGAUAAGACAGCUGCUGAUGUCAAGGGUGUUGUUGGCUCUCAAAAGAGAGAAGCCGAAGCCAAACCACACUGGACUACUUACGGUUACUAUGAGCCUCAAAAGAGAGAUGCCAAUGCUGAAGCCGAAGCCAAACCACACUGGACCACUUACGGUUACUAUGAGCCUCAAAAGAGAGAUGCCAAUGCUGAAGCCGAAGCCAAACCACACUGGACCACUUACGGUUACUAUGAGCCUCAAAAGUAG